GCUUAGCUGCAAGUGUACCUUGAGGUAGUAGUACCUUAACCUACUUCUACGUAAAAUGUCCGUGAAAUUUGUGCAAUUAAUCGAGAAUCGCCCGUGUCUGUACAAUAAUACCUUGCAAGAAUAUUCCAGGAAGGAUGUCACAGAAAAAGCUUGGGCAGAAAUUGCACGAAGUAUGGAAUGGACAGUGGCAGACUGCAAGGAAAAAUGGAAAAAUAUUCGAAACGGAUUUGUUCGAAGCUUAAAACCACUUCCCUUAGGAUCAACAUCAAAAACCAAGAAACUUUAUUAUCUCCAUGAUGCUAUGCAGUUUGUUCUGCCAUACGUAAGACCAAUACAGCAAUCACAAAACACAAGCAACCCUGUGACAACUGAAAUUAGUAACGAGUCAACACUACAGUUCGAUGAAGAUGACUGUGAGCACACUACCAAUGAUUCCACGACUAAUACAGAACAGCAUAACGAUGAAACAUCGCAAACACAAGCCAAGCGUAAAUUGGAAACUUCAACAACUCUGGAUAAAAAGGUAGAAAGGAAAAAAGUUAAAAAAGAGAAAGACGAUGCCGAUACUGCUAUAAGAGAAUAUCUCAGAGACAAAAGGGAGAGCAAAACGAGAUUAGAUGAUAAACAAAUGUUUCUCCUAAGUUUAUUGCCCGAUGUUAGCAAACUGUCAGAUAAAAAUUUACGUCAGUUUAAAAUCAGAACUAUGAUUUUGUUGGAGGACAUGUUAACACACCAGGAACAAAUUGGUUUCUCACAUACGCAGGGUAGUAAGGAUCCAUUAACAUGGUCAGGAUCUACAUCUAAUGCAAGUUCUCCAGGUGCUUCACCUUCUUCUUCUGUUGCAUCCCCUCAGUAUAGCCUAAAACAACUGAGUUAUGAGCAUAGUUAACAGGCUAUGUCAAGUUCUCAUGGACCUACUGACAAAAACUUGUAAUCUGCAAGUACGAGCAAGUAUUUGCACCACAUAGUUUUUUUUACCAUAAGUAUAUUUUUAUAUUCAGCCAAUAUUGAUACCUAAUAAAACAAAAUUAACUUACCUCUGCUUUAUCAUUACCUAUCCUACCAUCUAUCUAUCUAUACUAUUCUAUACCAACAUAUUCACGCACAUAUACAUUUCCUCUGUGAAUAUCUGGAUAUUGGACUCACAAUUCCCAAGUUCUUCAGACUUAUUUCUUGUCAUUGUUUAAAAUGUUAUGGAUGGGCACUGUAUGUAUUUUUUUCAUUACGUCGACAUAGGUAGUAAAGUAGCAAUAUGUCUUCUUCGUAGCUAUACAUCGUCUUU